GCGCGGAAUGAAAUACGAGGUGCUUGUGAGAGACGGCCGCACUGCUGUCGUCACAUGAGCGCCAGAACGGCUUUUACGCUCACAAGAUUGGUGUACUUCUCGGGUGUGACUACAGGGAUGUGUCCACGGCGAGCGUUAUGCUCUCGGCCGCAUUACUUACUGGGCGUCGGAAGUGAACAAUGGGGUGCGUGGCAGGCCACAAGCCGCCUGUGGACUGCUAUUCGGAUCAUGGGCGACGCGGCUGCGAACGCUAGCCUUGCUGGGCAUGGAUGCAGGAGUUGCCAUGUGUGGCCGUGUUCGCGACGGGGCCGCUGCGGAAGGUGAUUGAGGAGAUAGGACUGCGAGGCUCU